AGAACGCAACGUAACCCUAAUAUUAAAUUUAUUAGUGUUUUUGGUCUAGAUUAGCAUUUGUUUUUGCUUCUAGGUUAAACAUUAUAAAUCUACAAAAAUAAAGAAACUUAAAGUUAAAAUUGUUGAUUACUACUUAAAAAAAAAUAAACGUAAUGUGCAGUAUCGGAGAAGAUGACUUCGGAGAUGACGGUGGCGUCCAUGCCAUGGUCAAGGACAAUGAUUUCAAAGAACCCAGCGAUAGCGCAGAUAUUUCCGAUAUAGAGGAGCAAGAAAUUUCAUUUGAAGAAAUAGGGCUAUUGGAAAACGCGGUUAAAAUUGGAAAAAUAAAAAAAUUUGUGAAACUUAAUUUAAAAAUCAAGAGAAUUCCAAAACAAAAAAGAUGCACAAAGUUAUCCGAAAUCAAAAGUAGUUCUAGCAAACCAUCAACAAAACAUUCAUUGGAAUGCGAUUUUGAUGAAGAUUUGACAGACGAAUCGAAGUCAGAUAUUACUCCGAAACUAUGCAACGGUGACAAUUGUCCUGCUACAGAUCAAAUUUUAAGUGCAAUUGAAGAACUACGUGAACUUGUCAAAAACAACUGUAAUGAAACUCGCGAUCUCCGCAAAGAGUUACUUGGCAUCAAAAAAGAGAUGAAUGACGAUAAUCCAAGUUAUAUCCCAUUUACGAGAGGCCCAUGUCGAAGUUUGGAUGAUUUUAACUUACUUGAAAAUCAAGUUCAAGAAGACGAAUCCUCAAGGGAAGCUGUGGAAGAAGUACUCGAUAAAGUUCCUGAUCCAUCAUUGGAAAAGUAUAUCCGUAAUUGCCUCAGCGCUGUUAUAAGUCUUAAAGUAGCCUCCCAAUGUACUUGGAUUGCAAAAAGAGGAAGCACAUUACAAUCUGUGCAUAACAUGGCCAUUAUGAGAAUUAUGUUUGAUUGCAUCCAGAAAAAAUAUCCAACAACAAGCCUAUCAGUUAUUGAAAAAAACGUAAGGACCUGGUUAGGACAAACGAAGGACCGCUAUCGACGCACAUUGGAGGGUAGAUGUACAAAAUCUGAGACUGAUGAGUCAUUGGAUCAAUUUACAUGAGACCGUAGUAGUAAAAUAUAUUUAUAAUUUUAAGUUGCA